CUUCAGAUGGACAGACAACCAUUCAUAGUCUGUAAUGGAAAAUCAAAGUCAGCUGUCAUGGCAGUCAUCAGUUUACGCUCUCACCAGAGGACCACAGGGCACAUUACGCUCUCAUUUUCUUUGCUCUCUUUAUUUAUUUGUUUGUUUGCUGCUGUGCAGAAGGCGUUAAACGAAAGUAAUUCUCAUGGGAGGUACCAGCCAACAGUUCUGGAAGCAAAAAUAAUCUAUUUACCUUAAAACACACAAACUGAUGGGCUAAUGGACUAACUAGUGCACAAACGAAUAAUAUCAACUUUAAAUUCCAGAUGAAAAUCUAUUAGCUUUUGUAACAGAAAUUCUAGGCCUGAGACAUGAAUAUAAAAUGCAAACAUAAUGUUUAUUUUAAUAUAUGACCUCCAUCCAUACUUUUUAAAGAUUAAUUCCACCCUUGCACCCUCCUCAGCAGAGGUGAUGGCAGCGGUGGGGCGCCUCUGCUGGUAUGGAUUUACAAGCACAGCAUGCAGCUCUUCUUCAUCGCUGGCAAAAAAUGCACAGCUGGUGGUGGUGACUGUGUUGAAAAACUGUUUUGUAGCUGAGAACCUGCUCUAUCAGUGUCAUUGUGCUCUGUUUGUUGUCAUUUCCAUGGAGGUAGAUAGGAGGCACUACUACCUCUGCACACACGGCCUGUGACAAAUCCUCUGCACUCAGUGAGGCCCAGGCAAGCCAAAAGUUGGAUGUGUCAGUCAUACAGCCUCACAGCAAGCUAUGCUGUGACCUUAAUGACACGUGCACAGAAUUAACACCACUUAAGAGACAGCCAUAAAAUGCCAUACGUUUCAAUGCAAAUUCCACAGUUUCACCUUGGAACAUCAUCUUCUUUACGAAAAUACUCCCUAAAAGCACUCCAUUCCAACUGCAGCCUACUCUCAAUGGCUGCAGGAAAGCCGGCAAAGCCCACGGCUGUAACGCCCCGUUCCUCCUCUGGAGGCAGACCCGCUCACAGCACGCCUCAACCCGCAAAGCCCGCAGGCGCCCCGCGCUGCCCCGCCCCGCGCAUGCCCGGCAGCGCCGCGGAGCCAUGGCGGGCGCUGCGGGGCUGUGGGACGAGGUGCGGGCGCUGCUGCCCGACUCCGAGGAGGAGCUGAGCCUGGCGCUGAGCGGAGAGGUGGACGACUGCGUCCCGCCGCUGCUGCUCCGCGCCCGCGCGCUGCUUUACGGGGCGGCUCCGCCGUGCGAGGCGGCGCUGCGGCGGCUGGGCGACGUCGUCCGCGACUACGCGUGGGAGAAGCUGAACGCGGGGCCGUGGCGGGACGUCGGCAAGGCCUGGCGGCAGGUCUACGCCUACGGCUGCCUCUUCGGCGCGCUGGCCGAAGUCGCCGCCCGCCGCCCGUUGGCGCCCGCCGUCCGGCUGUGCGACAUGGGGCUGCUGAUGGGCGCCUCCGUGCAGGACGACGUCCUCGCCCGCCUCGUCCGCCUCCUGCAGGCGCAUCUGCCCCGCGCCGAGCGGCGCAGCGCGGCCCCGGGCAGCGCCAAGAGGGCGCGGACUCAGCCCCCCCCGGCGCCGGCUGUGCGGCCCGAGGAUGCGGUGCCGUGCGAGCGCUGCCCCUCGCUGGAGCGCUUCCGAGAGCGCUAUCUGAUCCCGCAGAAGCCCGUCGUCUUAGAGGGGGUUAUUGACCACUGGCCGUGCAUGAAGAAGUGGAGCGUGGACUAUGUUUCUCAGGUCGCUGGGUGCCGCACUGUCCCUGUAGAACUGGGUUCCCGGUACACAGAUGAGGAAUGGUCUCAGAAGCUCAUGACCAUCAAUGAAUUCAUCAGCCAGUAUAUUGUGAAUGAGAACAGUGUAGGAUACCUUGCCCAGCACCAGCUUUUUGAUCAGAUCCCAGAAUUGAAAGAGGAUAUCAGUAUUCCCGACUACUGCUGCCUGGGGGAAGGGGAAGAAGAUGACAUCACCAUUAACGCAUGGUUUGGGCCAGCAGGCACUAUCUCACCUCUUCACCAAGAUCCCCAGCAAAAUUUUUUAGCCCAGGUAUUUGGAAGAAAAUAUAUCCGUCUUUAUUCACCACAAGAUUCAGAAAAUCUGUACCCACAUGAAAGCCAACUUCUUCACAACACCAGUCAGGUUGAUGUGGAAGAUCCUGACUUAACAAAAUUUCCCAACUUUAGAAAGGCUGCAUUUCAGUCCUGUAUUCUGAUGCCUGGACAGGUUCUGUUUAUCCCAGUUAAAUACUGGCACUAUAUACGAUCUCUUGAUAUUAGCUUCUCUGUCAGUUUCUGGUGGUCAUAACACUGAAGUAUGAAUAAUGUUUAUUA